AUGACUGUAUAUCCUCCAGAGGGGGACAGAACAGCGUAUUACGAGAGCUCUCAAACCGCCAUCAAGAAGAACAGGGAGUGGAUCCUGCAACUCAGGCAGGAGAACAAGCGGCUGCAUAAAAAGUUAGCUGACGCUCUUGCUGGCGAUGAGCGUGUGAUCAAAGAAGCCUUUCAGAACAGAGGCUCAGAGAAGAAUGCCUUUCGGAAUAUGUCAGGGAAGGAAGCUCUUGCAGUGCUGGAGCAGGAGGUCUUCAAGAAGGUGAAGCGUCUAAACAACCUGAGAUAUGACACUCAGGUCAGCCGCAUGCAGCUUGAGGAGCUGCAGCUACAGUACCAGAGGAUGAAACCAGAGAACAGCAGGAAAACACAGUCUGCUGAUGCUCAUAUUCAGAGGAGAGAGGAGGAUGACAGGAAUGUGCGUGAGCUGGAGAACAAGCUGGAGAAGACUCAGUUAAAGUGCCAGGCGGCUGAACACAUCAUGAGAAGCUAUCUCAAACUCAAAAACCACUUGCAGGAGGAGAGUCUGACCUUUCAGGGCCAGCUGGACCAUCUGGAAGCAGAACUCCUAAAGCACAAUGAGGAACUUCGUGACCUGAAAAUCAUGAACAAUGACGCCCAGCUAUCCAAGGAUGCUGCCAAGGCCCAGUUGCAGCAGCUGGAAGAAUUACUCCAAAAGGAGCGUAAAGAGAGGGAGCGCAUCAUAGCCUGCUAUAGGCAACAGGUGGAGGAGCGCAAAGCCUUGACUGAAAAAAUAGAGACAAGAGCACAGAGAGCACCUCUGCAGCUGGAUGAGCUUAGCAGCGAGGCCCAGCGCAGCACCACCAGCAUGGGCGGCGAAGAGGAGAAGGCAUCUUCAGUCUUUGAAGAUGCCUUGCUACGCAUUAAGGAGGCUACUGGAGUCACCAACAUAAAGGACAUAGUGGAGCACUUCAUCUCUCAGGGGGAGACCCAUAACCACCUGGAGGAGCUGAAAGUGGAGGAUGAGGGCCUACUGCUGCAGCUGAAAGAGGAAAAGGAGAGCUUGCAGCAACAGUUUCAGGACAUGAAGUACUCCGGUGAGACAAAACUCUCUAGUGAUCAAAAGAUGCUGGAGGAUUAUCAACAGCAUCUGCAAGCUGAACAGCGGCGGUGCAACAUGGCCAAAGAGCAGCAGGAAUGGCUUGUCAAAACACUCAACACUGUCGGUUCUGAAGUGGAGCACCUGGCCUACAAAUUGCAACAUAUCAAACUGGAUGAAGAUUCAUCAGCCCUGCCACCCCCUGACUCAGAAGAGUUUGUAGUGGAGCUGCUGGGCCAAUGUGAGCAAAAGUUGCAGCUGCUACAAAAAGAGCUCAAAGGAAAAGAUCUGGCCGCUCUUAAUAAGGAGAUGGAGGAUGAGGAGUUCUUUGCCAAGAUUGAGGGGAAACUACCAGACUACAACACUCGCGUCACGCUGCCUGAAGACCAUCAGCUGGACCCAUUCGAUGAAGAAGAGGAUAGUGAAGAUGACGAGGCUGAUGUCAUCUCAAGGGAGGAGCUGAAGCGUCAGUCACAGCUGAUCCUCAACUCCAAGACCAAAAGAAAGCCCAGGACUAGGAAGGGACAGCUGUGAGAGACGAUCAGAGAAUUCACAAAUCAGAGAGUGAUAAACACAGACACCUGGCUUAAAAUGGCAUCACGAAUCUUUAUCCCAAAGCGUAGAAUGGAAUACAUGUUCAUAGCAAACACGGUUUUGUGUGAGAUGUCCAAAAUAUUGUAAUGGACCUCUAUGUUAGUUACGUUGUAGAUUUACUGAGCAGUAUUUGACAAAAGUGGUUACUUAAUUCUUAAAUAUCAGCCUUCUUUGCAUGUAGUUGAAGUGGAUAACUUGAUUAUGGUGUGCAUUGAAAAAUGUUCUCUGCUGUGUUUUGUUGCCUCAACAGUUCCCUCCCAUGUUUUUCACUGUUCAUAACAUCACGCCAUCUCAUGGGGAAAAAAAAGAAAGAAAAAAACACAUUUAUAUUCUAAUUCGUUUAGUGUUUUUAACCAUGAGCUCCAUUCUGACUGAGCCAAACAAAGUCAAUCACCAGUGUGUCAUGUACCCACCUCUCAGUAGGUCAGACUGGGAGGAAUAGGUCUGCAUCAAAAGGUUUCUCUAUUUCAUUGUCUCUUCUUCGUUGGUCCCAUUCAGCUAUCUUGAAUUGAACGGGGUCAUCUUCCAGAGAAGAUACACUAAACCGUGAAAUACAAUGAAAAUCAGUGACGUCCUUUAUGUUGUGAUGUAUUCUGUAAUAUCCCCUUUCUGUAUUCCUUGUUGGCCCACUUCAACAGAGACUCACCUAUUGCUGCCAGACAGCGGCAGGGCACAAAGAGCUCUAUACACUGUAAUUAAAAUAUCCUUACAUUAGUAAGGAACAAGACAAAAUUUGCCCUCAUGAUGAUAACGAUCAGAUUUGUCUCAUUUGAAACUUGCAUGCUUAGUGCUUGUUUAACUCAAACCUUUAUAAACCAGCAUUGAUCUCAAUGCUUCACAUAUCCUUGGUUAGAAUCUGAUACAAAUGGAUAGUUUGCUUGACAAGUGGGAAAAAUAAAUCUAGUG